AUGAAGAAAUGGGGAGAACCUGUAUCAAUCAAUGAAUUUCUAAAUUUGGCAAAGCAAUAUGCAUCUGCUCUUAACAAAGAUAAUUUAUUUCCAAGUGAUAUGCCAACAUAUGACUGGUUGCGGUCCUUUUUAUCUCGUCAUUCGAAUCUUGUACUCAAGAACUCUACUCCAAUUGACAAAAGUCGAGCAAAAGUUACUGCUAGCCAAGUGAAUGAAUGGUUCAAUUUAUUAACCAAAGUGAUUAAUGACAAUGAUUUAGCAAAUCGUCCUGGUCAGAUAUAUAAUGCUGAUGACACAGGCUUUUCUGAUACUACUGGUUCAUCAAAAGUAUUAGUUCAUCGUGGCACAUCCAAUGCUUAUAAAAUUGAAGGAGGAACUGGAGGAAAGUCCUUUACUAGUGUUUUAAUUUGUGCGUCUGCAACUGGACAUAUGUUAGCGCCAUUUGUUGUCUAUCGUUCAAAAAGACUCUUUCAAGAAGGGUGUAUGGGCGGUCCAUUAAAUACAGGUUUCAGUAAUACUGAUAGUGGAUGGAUGGAGAAUAAAAUUUUUUAUGAAUGGUUUCAAGAAAUGUUUUUGGAAGCCACGAAGCAUUUACCUCGUCCUGUACUUCUUAUACUCGAUGGACAUAAAAGUCAUUUCACGGUAGAAACACUUGAAUUGGCUGUCAAAAACGAAGUGUGA